AUGAAACCAAUUAGAAGCCCAUAUACAAUCAAUACAGCUCCUCCAGAAGAAAUACCUGUAGCUAAGGAAGACGAUAUCCCAAGCCACGAAUUAGUUAAUCCAAAACUAAUGCCAAAUAGUGACCACCACGAAAAAUUUGUAGAUAAAUUUGUUUUGUGGUUAUUUUUAACAUCAAUUUCAACUUCGAGUUUUCAAAAUCAAUGCUUUUUGAUGGUUCCAUAA